ACUCUUUAAGGCACCGAUCCAAUUCGGUAAACUAGGGGGUUGUGAGCCUGGGCAGAUUUUUAAGCAAGCAAAUCUGAGCCCAGGAAAGGAUUAUUCGCUAGACCUUCUUCAAAGGUUGGAAGGCAAAAGGCUGCGUUUGCUAGCACUGCCGGAGGCUUAGUUUGUCAAUAUAUCCGGGAAGAACGUGGCGAAAGCACAAUGGAGGCCAGAGGGGAGCGUUUUCUUAGACAAAGCCGUAGAGACGGAAGAAAGUACCCACAACUGGUGCUGGACAAAGCGCUAGACCGCGAGGAGCAGACAGAGCUCCUUUUGACGCUCACCGCGCUGGAUGGCGGCUCUCCACCCCGGUCGGGAAUCGUCCAGAUCCACAUCCUGAUCUUAGACAUAAACGACAACGCCCCUGAAUUUACACAGUCACUCUAUGAGGUUCAAAUUCUAGAGAACAGCCCCAUUAACUCUGUUAUUGUCACUGUCUCAGCUUCUGACUUAGAUACAGGAAAUUUGGGGACAGUAUCAUAUGCAUUUUUUCACGCUUCUGAAGAAAUUCGCAAAACCUUCCAGCUAAAUCCAAUUACUGGUGAUAUCCAGCUAGUCAAAUAUUUGAAUUAUGAGGUUUUGAAUACUUAUGAAGUGGACAUAGAAGCUAAGGAUGGUGGAGGCCUUUCCGGAAAAACCACAGUGAUAGUUCAGGUGGUUGAUGUGAACGACAACCCACCAGAACUGACCUUGUCCUCAAUUACCAGCCCUAUCCCUGAGAACUCGCCAGAGACUGUGGUGGCUGUUUUCAGUGUUUCUGAUCUAGACUCUGGAGACAAUGGGAGAAUUAUGUGUUUCAUCGAGAACAAUCUCCCCUUCAUGCUCAAACCAUCCGUAGAAAAUUUUUACACCCUAGUUACAGAGAGACCACUCGACAGAGAGAGCCAGGCCGAGUACAACAUCACCAUCACCGUCACCGACCUGGGGACCCCCAGGCUGAAAACCCAGCACAACUUAACCGUGACGGUGUCCGACGUCAACGACAACGCCCCCGCCUUCAGCCAAAGCUCCUACACCCUGCGGGUCCGCGAGAACAACAGCCCCGCCCUGCACAUCGGCAGCGUGAGCGCCACCGACAGAGACGCGGGCGCCAACGCCCAGGUCACCUACUCGCUGCUGCUGCCGCCCCACGACCCGCACCUGCCCCUGGCCUCGCUGGUGUCCAUCAACGCGGACAACGGGCAGCUGUUCGCGCUCAGGGCGCUGGAUUACGAGGCGCUGCAGGCGUUCGAGUUCGGCGUGCGCGCGGCCGACCGCGGCUCGCCCGCGCUCAGCAGCCAGGCGCUGGUGCGCGUGCUGGUGGUGGACGACAACGACAACGCGCCCUUCGUGCUGUACCCGCUGCAGAACGGCUCGGCGCCCUGCACCGAGCUGGUGCCCAGGGCGGCCGAGGCGGGCUACCUGGUGACCAAGGUGGUGGCGGUGGACGGCGACUCGGGCCAGAACGCCUGGCUGUCGUACCAGCUGCUCAAGGCCACGGAGCCCGGGCUGUUCGGCGUGUGGGCGCACAACGGCGAGGUGCGCACGGCCCGGCUGCUGAGCGAGCGCGACGCCGUCAAGCACAGGCUGCUGGUGCUGGUCAAGGACAAUGGCGAGCCGCCGCUGUCGGCCAGCGUCACGCUGCACGUGCUGCUGGUGGACGGCUUCUCGCAGCCCUACCUGCCGCUGCCGGACGUGGCGGCGGCCGAGGCCCGGGCCGACCCGCUCACCGUCUACUUGGUCAUCGCCUUGGCGUCGGUGUCGUCGCUCUUCCUGGUGUCGGUGCUGGUGUUCGUGGCGGUGCGGCUGUGCAGGAGGAGCCGGGCGGCGUCGGGGGGCGGCUGCGCGGUGCCCGAGGGCCCGUUUGCGGGCCACCUGGUGGACGUCAGCGGCACGGGGACCCUGUCCCACAGCUACCAGUAUGAGGUGUGUCUGAGGGGAGGCUCAGGGACCGGCGAGUUCAAGUUCCUCAAACCGAUCAUACCCAAUUUCCAGGGCCACUCCCCUGGGCCAGCAGUAGAAGAAAACCCCAACUUUAGGAAUGACUUCGGUUUUAGUAUUCGGUGACUGUAUUCUUUUCAUCUUACAGCUAUUUAAAAUUGGUAAUUUCAAGAUAUGGAUUCUCUGGCAACCUAUUAAGAAUAUUUAAAUCCCACUGCCUGCAAAAUUUCUUAUAUUGUUUGUUUUAAAGAAUAGUAUCCUUUUUUUUUUAAAGAAUAGUUUUAAAGAAUAGUAUCCUUUUUUUCAUUACUAUAAGAAGCGAAUGGCUCUAAAUCUUGCCCUCAAAACACUAAUGAAGUCAGUAGUUGUACAAAUUCUUGUGGAAUGGCUUAGGAAUAGAUUAGGAAAAACAGUGAAAAAUUAAUUCUAUAUGAUCAGUUGUAUCCCUUUGAGUUUUUACUUUAAAUCAUUAGGUAAAUAAGAGCAUUAAGACACUAACACACGAAGAAUGCCUAAUGGGAAGGAAAUAACUGGUACAGUGAGAAUCUGGUUCUUGCUUUAUUCUGGUCUCAUAGCCCUUAACUCUGAUAAUUGUUUUCUUUUAAAAAUAUUAUACUAACUGCACUUCCUCUCAUUAAUAUACUCAUUAAUAUACUCAUUAAUAUACUAGGUGUUAAUUUUAAUGUAAUUAUUUUAUUGCCUUCCAUUUAGUGUCAUUGCUGUUAACAUCAUGUUUAUCCAGUGACAUGAAACAGCAUAGUCACAAAAUGGACUUUUUCUAUUCGAGAAACAUUGAGCAUGUGUGACAGAAAAUGUAGUGGCCACCUAAAUCCAGUCAUCUUUCCUUCUUUAGUAACAGGUCCCAAAUUUCAUGUCAGGCAUUAGUAUAUUUAGUCAAAAGAAUACAUUUUCCCACCCUGGCAGCUGGAAUGGAGCACUUGACUAGGUUAUUGCCAAAGGAAUGUAUAUAGAAAUGUUGUAGGAGACUUCCAGGAAGGCUAUUUAAAGGGUGAGGUCCCAUUUGGUCCUUCUCUAACUGCUCCUUACAGCUAGGAAUGUGUAAGUCAUAGCAGGAACACAAUUAGCCAUGUUGCAUCAUAAAGCAAAACUAAGGAUAGAAAUAAUGUACAAAGACAAGUCAGUAUAGAAUAAACUUAAAAGAGAUGUGAGUCUCUGGUAAUUAUGGAGUCAUCCUGUCAUCCCUGGAGUGCCUAGUUCUGAGGUGUUUUUUGUUUUUUUUUUACUAGAGAAGUAAAGAAACUUCUAUCUCAUUUAAUCCACCAUCAUUUUAGAUUUUGUGCUACCUCCAGUGGAAUCCAAUCCUAAAGCUUUAACAGUAAGAUUUUUUAUUAAAAUGUUCUUCAGUAUAGUAAAAUGCACAGAUCUUAAGUGUAUGAUUUGAUAUAACAUCUUUUAAAGCUCUUAUUCUUGAUUUCUAAUUUAGUUAAAAGUAGAGUACAGAGUGCUUUACAUUCAUUCUCUUUUUAAUCUUAUGCCAAACCCUAAGGAAGCUGGCAUAUUGCCCUCUUUUACACAUGAGAAAACUGAAUCUUAGAAAGGUUAGAAACUUGCUAACAAUUCCAAAGUAAUGAAAGGAAAAAUUUGAAAUAUAUUCUAAGUCUAUUUGAAUGGAAUACUCCAGUUCUUAAUCCAUGUGUUAUAAUGCCUGGGAGGUAGCAUUGUCUUCCUAACUAAGCAAAAUGAAAUCCAUCUAUUUCAUGAACUGAACUCCUAGGCAGAAGUGUAACUUUGCAUGUAUAGUUUGUACUUGUUUCUUUACUAUAGAUUAAAACACUACUCUGGACCAGCAGAUCCAAAGUUCUUAUAGAAGCACUGACCUAAGUAAGCUGGGUCAGACAACAGAAUUAAUCUUCAUUAGGAGCAAAGCAAUCUGAUAAUUUUCCUUUAUCUUUUCAACAUAUCACAUUCAUUAUUGCAGAAACAAAUGCCCUGAAUAAGGAAUAGAAUUACCCUAUGGUUAUAUUUAUUUAAUUUCUUGUACUAUGCCUUCAGUCUCUUUUCUGUCAAUCCUGAUAUAAAUUUUUCAUUUUCUUUAGAAAGUUGAAAUUCACUUUAUUAUAUAUUUUUUCUAAGUCUCUAAUUCAAAUUAAAUAUACUGUAUUCAUUUUAGCACACUAUUGUUUGAAAGCAAUUGAUAUUUCUAGUAUUAAUUUUAAGUGAAACGACUAAUUUCAGAAAAGUAUGGGCAAUGGUGUGGAGGAAUUUUUUUUCACUAAAUAAUUUAGAGACUCUGGGUAUUUAGUAAGAAACUGAUAGGCUCUAGCUAUUUUCUGUUAAAAUUAAUCACAUGUCUUUGGCAACUCCUCAAAAAUUAUGUUGAAAAAAGAUGUAGGGGGUCAUUAAUGACUUUAUUCUGAAAGGAUGGUUCACCAGAUCUGAAUCAGACAUUUUCAGGGUGAUAAAUUGUAGGGUGAUAAAUUGCUGUUGACACAGCUGCUGGAUGCAUGUAUAUCUAUACUUGUGUUAUGUACUAGUUUUCCAUUGCUGCUAUAAAAAUUACUGCAAACAUAGUGGCUUUAAACUAAAAAAAAAAGUAUUAUAGUUUUUUAGGUGUCUGAUAUGGGUGUUACUGGGCUAAAAGUGUUGGCAAGAGUGCAUAUCUUUCUGGUGGCUCUAGACAAGAAUCCAUUUCUUUGUGUUUUCCAGCUUCUAGAUGCUGCCUAUAUUAGUUGACUCAUAGCCCCUUUCAUCCAUCCUCAAAGCCAACAACAUUGUAUCUUUCCUCUCUCUUUUUAAAGAUUGUAUUUAUUUAUUUGACAGAACAUAAAAGAGCACAAGCAGGGGGAGUGGCAGAGAGAGAGGGAGAAAUGAGCAGGAGCCCAAAGUGGGGCUUGAUCCCAGGACCCCAGGAUCAUGACCUGAUCUGAAGGCAGACACUUAACCUACUGAGCCACCCAGGCACCCAACAUUGUAUCUCUUUAACCAGUUCUUUCAUAUUCAUAAUUACCUCUGACCACAGCUAGCAAAAUUUUGUCCCACACAAAUGAUCCAGGAUAACCUUCCCUUCUUAAGAUCCUCUACUUAAUUACAUCUAUAAAUUCCCUUUUGUCAUGUAAGAUACAUAUUUACAGAUUUGGGGGAUUAGGAUGUCUUCGUGUGGAUGGCCAUUAUUCUUGUCUACCACAGAUUGGCUGCUUGGAAGAAAAUUAUCCAGUCUAGCAGUACCACUGGUGGUCAAAGGAAGGCAAAUAAAGGCCUUUAUAAGAGUAGUUUAGGCCUCAUUGAUUAGAUGCUUUAACCCCAAAGUAUUUAACAUUAAGAAAAACACUGCCUUGAUAAAGAUAUGAACCUUACUACAGUUAGAUUCAAAUUAUAAAAAUGGAAAACCUGAACAAACGAAUGCAAUCUUAAAGGGACUUGUAUCUAUAAUAUACAAAGAAUUCUUACAAUUCAAUUAUGAAAAGGCAAAUAAUCCAGUUUUAAAAUGGACAAAGAUCUGAAUAGAUGUUUCUCCAAGGAAUAUAUGCAACUAGACAAUAAGUCCAACAUCAGUGGUCAUCAGAGAAAUGCAAAUCGAAAUCAUAAUGAGAUACUACUUCAUGCCCACUAGAGUGGCUAGAAUCAAAAAGUCAUGGGGCGCCUGGGUGGCUCGGUCAGUUGAGCAUCAGACUCUUGAUUUCUGCUCAGGUCAUGAUCUCAUGGUGGUGAGAUGGAGCCCUGCUCAGGCUCUACACUCAGCAGAGUUAGCUUGAGAUUCUCUCUCUCCCUCUCCUUCUGCCCUUCCCUGGCUCAUGCAUGCGUGGGCAUGUGCAUGCUGUCUCUAAAAUAAAUAAAUAAAUAAAUAAAUAAAUAAAUAAAUAAAUAAAUAAAUAAAUAAAUAAAACAAAAG